GUUCAACAUGGAGCGACAUUUAUAAACAUGGGGUAGUUAUGUGGGAAAGCAGCAUUACGCGGGCACCUGAAGACGACUUGUGGGAGGAAAAGCAAGAAGAGCAAGAUGCCAUUAAGGUUUGGCCUGACCUCCCUGGAGAAGAGCCUCAUUCUUCUGUUUGUGGCCAUGACUGCAGCCUGCAUCGGCUUGGUUGUGGUUUACGCCACCGGGGCCAACAGCUCGACUGGUGGAAAUGGAGGAGGGAUCGUGUCGGGUUCAGGAUGUGGGACUCCGGUGCAGCUGAAUGGUGAGAUGGGGGAGUUCAGCAGCGAAAAUUACCCCAGCAGCUAUGACAACGGCAAGAGCUGCAGCUGGACCAUCACUGUGGACAGCAAAAAGGUGAUCGCUUUGUGGUUCCAAGACUUCUCUCUUGAGGACUCAGGCACAUGCAGCGCAGAUGCCCUCACACUCCAGGAUGAGAUAGAGAUCAUCGGGAAAUACUGCGGUUAUUCCAAGCCUAAGCCGAUAGUGUCUCUGGGAAGCAGUUUGAUGGUGCAUUUCAACACAAAUGACAGAAACACAGACAAAGGAUUCAAAGCUGUGUACCGUGCUGUGGACCCUAACACAGUUAAUGAUAUUGUAGGAGCUGGUGGCUUUCUGCAGGGUGACCAUGGGGACCUAAUGACCCCUGGCUUCCCGGAGAAGAACUAUGACAAUGGUGUGGUGUACCAGUGGAGGAUAACAGUCCCUCAUGGAGAAAAGGUUCUACUCACGUUUACGGCCUUUGACCUGGUCCCGGACUCCUGCGCUGACUUUGUAGACGUCUUCGAAGGUCGUUCAGAUGGUGUCAGUGCUCCCAAACUUGGUCACUUCUGUGGAAACAAGGUGCCUAAACCAGUGUUGUCCAGUAACAAUGAAAUGGUGGUGCGAUUUAAAAGCGAUUCAAGCCACAAUGCUAAGGGCUUCAGUGCAGUUUACACUGUGGCCAGUGCUCCAGCCAUUACAACCACAACCACCACCAAACCAAUCACAACCACCAACACUAGGCCAUCCACCACCCCUGAACCAACAGAUUCGGGAUGUGGUUCUCAGGGGAAUCUGUUCGGUCGGAAAGGCGAGAUCCACUCUCUGGCUUUUCCCAAUGCAUAUCCUGCAAAUCUGCACUGUUCCUGGAGCAUCAACGUGCCUGAAGGUUUUCUGGUCAAACUGCACAUCACUGAUUUAGCCAUCGUGGGUGAAGCAGGACAGUGCAGUCAGGACAAACUCACCGUCACUGACAGCCAGCAGUCACUGGGCACACACUGCGGCUUCAUACUUCCUCCUGUGCUCGUCAGUGUCAGCAACGAGAUUGCUGUGAAUUUCCAGUCUGACAGCCGGCUAGCUGACCGUGGUUUCUCUGCCAGGUGGGAGGCUGUGUACGCAGAGGACAUAGCUGAAAUCCAAGGCUGUGGUGGUUUCUCUAGUGAGGACUCUGGAGUCAUCAAGUCUGAUAACUGGCCCAUGAACUACGCCCCCAACAGAGAGUGUAUGUGGAGGGUGCAGGUGCCUGAGGGCAAAACCAUCACAUUGACAUUCACCCACUUUGACUUGGAGGCAGCGAGCAUCUUGUUUAGCUCAUGCCUUGACAACGUGGUCAUUUAUGAUGGAGCACAUGGCACCGCUAAGAAAUAUGGUCCUUACUGUGGGGACAAUCUCCCCCCAGUGAUCAAGACGACAGGAAACGUGCUGGUGAUGCGUUUCCAUACUGACUUCUUCCAGGAGGAGAAAGGAUUCAGAGCGUACUGGAGCACCGAUCCCACACUUCCUGCUCCCACUGAAGCGCCUGUACCACCAAACCCAUGGGACGACAUCCCUAUCGACUGGCCGGAGACGUGCGGAAGGCCGAAGGUCCCCCCCAUGGUGAACGCUCGCAUAGUGAACGGCGAACAAGCCAAACCUCACUCCUGGCCCUGGCAAGUGUCCAUGCAGGUUUGGCCUGAAUCCUUUCCCACGCCUGCCUUUUUCCACACAUGUGGUGGCACUCUCAUCCAUAAGAAUUGGGUUUUGACUGCCGCACACUGCUUCAUCAGGUACGCAGAUGAGAUGCAGAGAUGGCAGAUGUGCUUGGGCAAACACAACCUGACCCAGUCAGAGCCAGGCGAGCAGUGCUACAGCGUUCUAGGCAUUUAUCGCCACGAGAGCUUCAAGUAUCCCACAGUGCCCAGUGUGGAGUUUGACAUCGCCCUGGUGCGCCUGGACGGAGAGGUCACCCCUAGCGAGCACAUCGACUUCGCCUGCAUGCCCUCAGUCAAGGAGAUGCUUCCAGGAGGAAAGAAAUGCUACGCUACAGGCUGGGGAGAUGAAACAGGCAACUCAAUGGCUCCUAAAGUGGCAGAGUCUCUGAACCAGGUCGCUCUUCCUGUGGUUCCCUUUGAUACGUGCAAACGCAUGGACUACUGGUGGUUCCAGGUCAAACCGUCGAUGAUCUGCUGUGGAUACACUCUCCCCGAUGAGCUGAAGUCUGUGUGUCAGGGAGACUCAGGUGGUCCCCUGGUGUGUCAGGACAACCCCUCGGCCCCCUGGGAAAUCCACGGUAUCACCAGCUUCGGGCCGGUUGGCUGCAUCAUGAACAAAAAGCCCAGUGUGUUCACUCGCUCGUCUGCCUACACGUCCUGGAUCGAGAACAUUAUACGCAAGGAUAUCUACCACCUCACCUCUUCUGGUUGUGGUGGGCUGAUGGACCAGACUGGCACUGCAGGUGUGUUGGCCUCAAUGAAUCACCCUGAGACUUAUGAGAACGGUGCCCAGUGCCGCUGGAACAUCCGUGUACCCUCAGGCAAACGCGUGCACCUUCACUUCGAAUCGUUCUCACUAGAGGAGAGCCAGAUGUGCAUCAGCGACAGCGUCUCCAUCUCGGACCACCUCAGCCCUCUGGGAACACACUGCAGUGCAUAUCCUCCAGCAGACGUGGUUUCUGCUGGUGAUGCGCUGACCGUCCUUUUCUCCUCCAAUGCCAGAGUGGUUGACACGGGCUUCAGCGCCACAUGGAAAGCCGUGAACCCGACUGAUAUCAACAUUGGCUGUGGUGGAGAGUUCACCGGCCAGCAGGGGGAGCUAGUCUCACCAAACUGGCCCAAUAACUAUCCGAAGCAAACUGUCUGCACAUGGAGCAUCUCCAGUCCGUCAGCCAAGAGCCUACACAUCAUUUUCACACACUUUGAGCUGCAAGCAGUUAAUGUCCUGGGCAAGUGUAUGGACUUCGUGGAGGUGUUUGAUUCAGCUGGGAAGUCGCAAGGUCAGUUCUGUGGAUUUGCACUACCCAAGCUGGCCGUCGCUGGAGACAAAGCCACUGUGCGCUUCCUCACCAAUGACGCACGCCAAGAAAAGGGUUUCCGUGGUUACUGGACCACUGAUCCGAGUGUGUUUCCCACCCUGCCACCACUGCCACCCAACCCGUGGGAUGACGUGAAGAUUGACUGGCCUGCUGAAUGUGGGACUCCUGCAGUGGCUCCAGUUACACUUGUAAUGAGGGUUGUGAAUGGAAUGGAGGCUAAACCUCAUUCUUGGCCAUGGCAAGUGUCUAUGCAGGUCAAACAGCUUCCUUUUAUGCCUUUCCAACAUGUGUGUGGUGGCUCAUUGAUCCAUGAGGAAUGGGUCCUGACUGCUGCCCACUGUUUCUCACAAAUCUCAGUUCCUAAUUCAUGGCAGAUGUGUUUUGGGAAACACCACAUAAACUCCAGUAUGGACGGCCCCACAGAGGUGUGCGUUCCUGUGGUCGCUAUCAUCUCACACAAGGAUUUCGUCUACCCCCAGAUCAAUGACCUCGCCAAUGACAUUGCCCUGGUGCGACUGGCCAAGCCCGUGUCCAUGACACGAGAGAUCAGCCCUGUGUGUCUGCCUAAACCUGAGUCCCUAAUGCCUGCUGGCCACUUCUGCUAUGUCACUGGAUGGGGAGAUGAAAAAGGCAGUACAGUUCCUUUAGUGGCUAAGAAGCUGAACCAGGCUCCUCUUCCUAUUGUCUCCUAUGAGACGUGCAGCAAACCAAACUACUGGUGGGACAGUGUGCGGCCUUCUAUGGUCUGCGCCGGCUACGAGUCGCCCGAUGAGCUUAAAUCUGCCUGUCAGGGUGACUCAGGUGGGCCAUUCGUGUGCAAAUCAGCUGACACUGGGUCCCUUUGGGAGGUGCACGGCGUGGUGAGCUUCGGUCCUCGUGGCUGCGUUGUGGACAAAAAGCCAUCCGUGUUCACUCGAGUCUCAGCCUUCAACCACUGGAUAGAAGACAACAUCAAGCGAUACGUCUAUGAAAACACUCCAGCUGCUUAAAUCUGAGCAAGAAUACCUGAAAUAGACUCUCCAUGUCUUUCUCGCCUUUAAUCUCACCUUUAUUUUUGCAUUUUCUUUACAACAACUCCUUAGUGGACGCUGGGGGUGGAACCAAGAACCAACUAGACACAGAAAGAAAGAUGGAGAUGUUAUUACAAUCUCAGUACGGUGGUUUAUUUAGUCAAUCAAGUCAUGAUGCUGAAUUUAACGAGAGUCAAUGUAAGUAGAUUAACUGACAAAAUUUAACAGGCUAAAGUUGCUAAUGUGAAAUUUUUCUCACACACAACCAAAAAGCCUCAUAUAAUAAUUUGUAUGCUAUUAUAGUUUAUAUGAUUCAGUAAUAUCAUCAGUAUAUCAAGUUCUCUUAAAUGGUUCUAAACCUCAUUCUGUGAAGUUCUUCCUCAUGCAUAUACAGGUCAUUCUAUGGAAUUAUUAUGUUAUUACUUAUUGUAAUCAACUGACAGUUUGCCAUCAUGUCAAAAUAUGUCAAAACAUGUCAACAAUAGAAGCAUAACGCUUCAGGAAAAAUAAAAUAACCGCUCAUUUUCA